AUCAUUUAUAAAGUCAAUUUUAUGACAUUGUUAUUUGUCAUAAAAAGGACUUUUAAAAUAACAUAGGAUCUACUAACUUUAAAUGUUUAAUUUGCUAUAAAAAAAUAUUAAAAAAUGAAAAAUUUUAUUAGUUAUAUAUAAGUGAAAUAUAACAAAUAUUAAAUGACGAGUUUGUAUAAAAAUUUAUAACGAAAAAUAGAUUCGAUUGGCAAAACAAAAAAAAAUAUUUUACUUAAUAAGAACAGGAAAAUUGUUGUGAUAUUUGUUUGCAUAAUUUUUAAUUUUUUAUUGUGAAUUAUUAAUACGUAAAAUAAAAAAGAAAAAAACUAAAAGAGGACAAUGAAUUCGACUGAUGUUUUAAAUUUAAUAAUAAAAGAGCUUGCUACAAAUUUAACAAAUGCAAGCUCUUCUUCAAAUGAUCACCAUCAUCAUCCCAGUAAUAAUGCUGGAAAUAUUUUUGCGAAAUCAUUAAAUGGAUCAACAGAUCAUGUUGAUGAUCAUGAUCACGAUCAUGACCACGAUCACGACCACGAUCAUGAAAAUGAUCAAAAUGAUAUAAUAAUUGCAAAAGCAACAGCAAUGGUAGUAUUAUUUUGUGCUUCUACAUUAUGCGGUUGCAUACCUUUUUUAUUGAAUCGCCGUUUUAAAUGGACCGAAAAGAAUACAAAUGCUAGAUCAGCAACUGUUGUGAAAUGUCUUUUAUAUUUUGGUGGUGGUGUUCUGUUAUGUACAACAUUUUUACAUUUAUUACCAGAAGUUAAAGAAAAUAUUCAAACAUUACAAUCGAAACAUGUUUUACCUGAUUUUAAUUUUAAUUUUGCUGAACUAUUAAUGUGUUUAGGUUUUUUUGCAAUGUUUUUAGUUGAAGAACUAAUACAUACAUACAUACAUCGACAUAAUAAAGAUGCACAAAAUGCUACUGGAGCAUUUGUACGUGGUAUUAGUAUAACAGAUAGUAUAUUAGUUAAAAGAAAAUCAACUUCAUCAUCAUCAUCAGCAGCAACAACAACAUCAUUGGCAAAUAAGGAAUCGAUUGGUGAUCAAAAAAAUUCAAAUGGUAUGAAAAAAAAUUAUGCAUCAGAUGAUGUUGAAAGAAAUCAAACCGUAUCAAAUAUGAUAAUCGAUAAUUUAGUUGAAAACAGUUUAAGCAAAGAAAAGGAAAUCACAAAUCAGACAAAUAAUUCCUCACAGGAACAACAACAAAAUCCUGGAAUAAUUAAUCAUAGUUAUGAACAUGAACAAAAUAUAAAUGGUCACCAUCAGCAUGACCACAUUUAUAAAAAGAAACCACUUAGUCGUAAUAAUAGUAGUUUUUAUAGUCAAGUACAUGAAAAUCAACAACACAAUAAUCAACAUCAUCGUGAUCAUCAAAAAAUUCACAAUAAUAAUAAUGAUAAUAUUCAUAAACAUGAUGACCACAAUGGUCAUGGUCAUAGUCAUGGUCACAGUCAUCUACCAAUUGGAGCUUUAAAUGAAGAUCAUAUUGUAGCAUCUUUACGUGGUUUAUUAGUUGUUUUAGCAUUAUCUGUACAUGAAUUAUUUGAAGGUUUAGCUGUCGGUCUAGAAAGUAAAACAGAUAAUGUUUGGUAUAUGUUUGGUGCUGUAUCAGCUCAUAAAUUAGUAUUAGCAUUUUGUGUUGGUGUUGAAUUAAUUGUAACAAGAACAAAAUUAUGGUUAUCAAUAACAUAUGUUAUCACAUUUGCAAUUGUUAGUCCACUUGGUAUUGGUAUUGGUAUACUUGUAAGUUCAUAUGAUAAUGGUACUGCAUCAGCAAUUCCAUCAGCAAUAUUACAAGGAUUAGCAACUGGUACUUUAUUAUAUGUUGUAUUUUUUGAAAUAUUAUCAAAAGAACGUAGUGGUUUAAUACCAUAUGCAUCAUUUGUAGUUGGUUUUGUUGUUAUGUUUGGAUUACAAUUUGCAACUGGACACGAACAUUCACAUGAUCAUGGACAUAGUCAUGGAGAUGGUGCACAUGGGCAUAGUUCAAAAAAUCAUGAUAAUCAAAAUGAUGAUGAUAUUGAUUAUACAAAAAAAUCAAUACAAGAACAACUUGAAAUUAUACGUGCUGCUGGAAGAGAAUUAUUAGAGAAAAAUCAUUAUCAACUUCAUCAUUUACAACAUCAGAAUACAAAUCAUGAUCAUCAUCAUCAACAUCAUGAAUAGAAAAAAAUCAUAAUGAAUUACGAUAAUAAUAGUAUUUUUUUAAAAUAUAUAAAAAUUAGUGAUUUUAAAAAAGAAUUUUUGUAUUUAAUUUCUGUUCGAUUACAAAAUGAAAAUUGCCAUCCGGAAGCAAUAAUUUUUUGAUAAAAAACAAAAUAAACAAAAAUUUUUUUUUUUUUAAUAUUGUAAAACGUUUUGAAGAAAAUUUGCUACAAAUGACGUGUAUAAUAAAUAUUUUAUUGGUUUUACAAAAAAUUGCCUCCAAUUUUAAAUAAAUGUGAAAAUUUAGAUUACUUAAUUAAUAAUUGUACACAAAUUGUAAUUAUUUUAUAAAAAUAAUUUAAUUGAUAUUUUCCAAUUUUAAAUAAUAUUGUAGAUUUUAUUAAGACUUUACUGUAUAGCUAAUAUAAUAAAAUAUU